CUGCUCAUCUUACUUGAAAUCUGAUUAGCAAACUGGAUACGCUUCAGUAAAACAAACCUGUUAUUGAAUAGAAUUUUCCUCUGAAACACGUGAACAAACGAAUGUUCCUCUUGCUAGGAAAAUUUACGGGCAGUACUGCAGCUCGAUUGACAAAAAAGCGAGCAUUUGAAAAAAAAAGGAAGCAAGCAGAACGUAGUUUUAAACGGGGAAGACUCCUAAAGAAACCAAGAAAAAGAAACACUCUUAGGGCAGCAGAAGUCAGAGAAUGCCCAACAUAUCAGACGGAAGUUGGACAUUUACAAGAGGUUGAUUUAAACGAGAUUCCUGUUCCAGCAGUUCAGAAGCCACUAAGCAGAUCCACAGGGCCGCUGAAAAAGGUGUUCUUUGACCUAGAAACUACUGGUUCCGAGCACAAUGCCUACAUUGUCCAGAUCGCGGCAUUAUAUGGAGAAGAAUGUUUUGAACUCUACAUCUUACCGCCGAAGGAACUAAAACCCAAUGGCAUCAAAAGCAACCCAUCUUACUGUACAAAAUAAUAAAUUGUAUCACAGAAACGAGACACUGACGAAAGCAGAUAUUUUAAAGACAGCCAGAUUACUACGAGUCUGGUGCCGUACUACUUUUGUUAAUGGUUACGUUCCCACUAGUAGGACACUAAGUAGCUUACAAGACUUUGUGUGUUUGAUGCCAUUGAGUGACUGCACUUGGACAAAAG